AAUACGAGCGUUCUGAGACUGCAUAUUUUUAGGGGCAGAAAGAGAUUGUACGGCUGAGAUUUGUUCAUUUAGGAAAUAGGAGAGAGAGACCAUUUUAUAGACUGAAAGCGAUUGUAUGGUCCUGCGGGAGAAAACUCGAGUCAUCAUCAGGCGGAAGAGAGAAAACCAUUUGACCUGAGAGCGGACGGCCGGUAUUAUUUCUCGCUUUACGAGAGGGAGUGACAUGGCCUCAAUCCUCAGUUUCCAACCAGGGGUUUUCCGGCCAAAUUUCCGGCCAAAAGCCAUUAGUGGCCGCAAAUACGGAGUAGCUGCAGAGUUACAUUCCAAUUCAUCUACUGGUAUCAAAGAAGAAGAAGAAUCAGGUUCAAGUUCCACUUCAACUCUCUCACCUCCCAAUUUCAAGCCUCCUGAGCCUAAAAGAUUCGCAGUUCGCCCUGAUAAGUUCCUCGACAUUUUGGGAGCUUCUCUUGCAUUACCGCUUCGUCUUGGUACUGGAAUUUUUGUUCAAGGGUAUAGAGCUUCUUUGGUACCUGAAAAAGAAAUACCACCAAGUGAAUAUGUGUUUCUUAAUUUUGCUGGUUUCAAGUUGAAAGAGACUUCAAGAGUAGGACCUCGUCCCACAAAGCCAAUUGAGAUUUAUGAAUUUGAGGGCUGUCCAUUCUGUCGAAAGGUUAGGGAAGUUGUAAGCUUUUUGGAUCUUGAUGUAUUAUAUUAUCCUUGCCCAAGGAAUGGUCCAAACUUUCGUCCGAAGGUUCUUCAAAUCGGUGGAAGACAACAAUUUCCAUACAUGGUGGACCCUAACACCGGUGUUGCAAUGUAUGAGUCUGAUGCCAUAAUCAAGUAUUUGGUGGAUAAAUAUGGUGACGGGACCGUUCCUGUGAUGUUGUCACUAGGUCUUUUAACAACUUUGACAGCAGGGCUUGCAAUGAUUGCUCGCCUAGGGAAGGGUUCUUCAUAUACUCCUUCAAGGGAUCCCGUGAGACCACUUGAGUUAUGGGCUUACGAGCCUUCCCCCUUCUGUAAAAUUGUUCGAGAAGUUCUGGUCGAGCUAGAGUUACCGCACAUACUUUACAGCACCGCUCGUGGUAGCCAGAAGAGACAGAAGCUUUUUUAUAAAACAGGGCAUUUUCAGGCACCUUACCUGGAGGAUCCUAACACAGGGAUAGCAAUGUUUGAAAGUGCAGAAAUCGUAGACUAUCUGAGAGCAACGUAUGUGCUUCCGAUGGGACAGUCACCUUAAAUAUUUAUGAAGUGUCCAUCCCUUGAUGUACAGUAAGUUUAUUCAUAUUUGUAUUUAUGUCUUCCAUUAUCUCCAGUUUGGAUGCAACUUGGGUUUUCAUCAAUGUGUGGUCAGUGUUCUAACAAAAUGGGGCAUGUUGCGAGUGGGAUGAAAACCGGCAUUUUUUAUUUUCAUUUCACGAACAAAAUAACGGCACUUUCUGAGUGUACCGGUGCCUAUUUUGGGUUUUUGGAGUGGCACCCAAAGAGACCACUAAACCCCGUAUUCGCGUUUACCAUGGUUUGGGGUGGCAGACUAUCCCUUGAUUCUUUGGGAAAUUUAUCCUACAGUCAUAAGGGAUGGACUAUCAAACAUUA